AUGUCUGGACCAGACAACAGCGAGUCGAUAGCCCAGGCCGUGCACAGCGUCAAUGAGAGCGCUGCGCCAGCACGGCCAGCCUUCGUGCAACCCCGGACGUACCUAGAGCUCUCUCACCCGAUUGCGACUCCGAAAACACUCAGUCCAAUAGAUCGAGAGCAGAUGGAAGGCUUGCGAAUCAUACGAGCAUUCCUCAAAGUCCGCACCAGCUACGACGUCCUGCCGCUCAGCUUCCGAUUGAUAGUCCUCGACACGUCGCUGCUCGUGAAAAAAAGCUUGAAUAUACUCAUUCAGAAUGGCAUCGUCUCUGCCCCUUUGUGGGACUCGAAGUCGUCGACAUUCGCAGGCCUCCUCACUACUUCCGAUUACAUGAACGUCAUUCAAUACUAUUGGCAGAACCCUGAUGCGCUGGACCAGGUGGAUCAAUUUCGCCUAAACAGUCUCCGCGAGGUGGAAAAGGCCAUUGGCGUAGCUCCCAUCGAAACCGUUUCCAUACAUCCCGAUAAGCCGCUAUACGAAGCAUGUCGGAGGAUGCUGGAGUCACGCGCAAGAAGAAUUCCGCUCGUGGAUGUAGACGACGAGACUCAGCGUCACAUGGUGGUUAGUGUCGUCACACAAUAUAGGAUACUCAAGUUUAUUGCAGUCAACGUAACAGAGACAGAGAUGUUAGGGAAGUCCUUGAAAGACAUCGGCAUGGGAUCAUUUUCAAAUCUUCAGACAGCUCACAUGGAUACACCUGUCAUGGAUGUCAUCCACAUGCUGGUCAAGAAGAACAUAUCAAGUGUUCCGAUUUUGGACACAGAUGGCCAUGUUCUCAACGUCUUCGAAGCGGUGGAUAUAAUUACGCUUAUAAAAGGAGGCUCAUACGACGACUUGAAUCUCAAUGUCGGGGACGCCCUGCUCAAGCGGUCAGAUGACUUCCCUGGUAUCUACACAUGUUCACCGGACGAUCGCUUGAGUACAAUCUUCGACACUAUCCGCAGGUCCCGCGUCCAUAGGCUAGUCGUCAUCGACGAAAAUAGACAUCUUAAGGGCAUGGUGACACUCAGCGACAUCCUGGAAUACGUUUUGCUGGAAGGCGAAGAAGACGAGAACUAA